AUGUCGGUUUCUAAUACCGCUGCUGCUGCGAUCGCCAAUUUGGCUUCUCGUAUUGCUGCCUUAGAAAAUGAAUUAGAAACGGUAGACAAAGAAAUGACUGAUAAUAUUGACCUCGAUAAUUAUAUGGACUCUAAUUCUCAAAAAGAAAAGAUGAAUCUUGAUGAAAAUCUUGAUUAUUAUUCUGAUCUUAGUUCUCCAUUAAAUGGUUCUAAUGGGUCUUUAGAUAAUUUUUCUACUUCUACUUCAAUUUCUCGUCAUUCUGAUUUAUCAAAAUCUGAUCAACUACCUUCGGUAAAUGGUCAUCUUAGUAAUUGUUUAUCUUCAAAUUAUACUUCUCGUACUCCUUCUUAUGAUAUCUCUAGAAGUAAUAGUACUUUGUUGGAUGAUUCUUCAAAAGCUCAACUUGAGAAAAAACAUGCUGAAGAACUUGAAAAAGUUAGGCAAGAAUUAGAAGAUACAAAAAAUAAACAUUGGAGUGAAUUACAAAAAUCUAAAAAUGAACUUGCUGAACAACAUAAAGAAAAUGAACGUAUACGUCAAGAAUUAUUAUUAAAACAUGAAAAUGAAAAAGAUUUAUUAAAAAAAUCUCAUGAAGUUGAAAAAGAAAAAAUAUCUUCCGAGAUAAAUUCUUUAUCAUUAAAAUAUGAAAAUGAAAAAGUUUUAUUAAAAAAAUCUCUUGAAGCUGAAAAAGAAAAAAUUUCCGCUGAGAUAAAUUCUUUAUCAUUAAAAUAUGAAAAUGAAAGAAAUUUAUUAAAAAAAUCUCAUAAUGAAGAAAAAGAAAAAAUAAUAGUUGAGCUAACUACUCUUUCACAACAGAAAAAACAAGUCGAAAAUGAUCUUAAUACGAUGAAAGAGGCAUUUGAAAAUGAAAAACGAUUAAUCCUUCAACAACAUGAAAAGGAAAAAGAAACUUUAAUGUCUGAACAUUCUUUAAAGUAUAAUAAUUUAUCGAAAUCACAAGAAGAUACUGAAUCAAAAAUAAAUCAAUUAUUAAGUAAACAUGAAGCUGAAAAAAGAGAUUUGGAAAAUAAAUUAAUACAUAUAAAUCAAUCUGAAAAAGAUACUCAAUCUAAAUUAAAUGAUCUUCAAAUUAAGCACGAUCGUACUCUCAAAGAAUUGAAUGAACUUACUUUAAGUAAGGAAGACGCUAAGAAGACCAUCUCCGAUCUUGAACGUCAAUUGAGUGAUAUGUCAAAAUUGGAGGGGACAUCUCAAGAGCUUCGUAAACAACUCGAUGAAACAAAUAAUGAAUUGUCUAAUAUACGUCUCAAACUUUCAAAUCAAUUAAAUGAAAAGAAGAAUUUAGAGUCUGAAUUAGAAAAUAUUCGAUCUCAAUUAAAUGAUUCAAAUGAUAAAAUUAAAAAAUUGGAACUUCAACUUGAACUCGUCACGAAAGAGAAAGAAGAAAACUAUUCAAAACAUAACAAUGAAAUAGAAUCAUUACGAAUCGAAUUUGAAAAUUCUAUUAAAAAUGAAACUGAACGACACCAAAUAAAUCAUGAUAAAACAUUAACUGAAUUACGUAAUAACCUAGAAUCUACUCACAAGACCGCUCUUGAAAGCCUUCAAGCAGAUCAUGAUAAAACAUUAACUGAAUUACGUAAUAACCUAGAAUUUACUCACAAGACCGCUCUUGAAAGUCUUCAAGCAGAUCAUGAUCAAAAACUUGAAUCUUUGAAAAAGGUGCAUGAAGAAAAGAUUACUGAAUUAAUAAAUAAAAAUGAAUCUCUUCGCUCUGAAAAUGCUUUAUGUAUUCGAGCAAUUGAAGAUGCUACUCGUCGUUAUGAUGAAUUGAACAAUAAACAUAUACAAUUUACUCAAGAAAAUCUUGAUAUGUCAACUGAUCUUAACGAUAUUCGCAAAAAAAUUGAUGAACUGGAAAACAAGAAUCUUCAUUUAGAAAAAGAUAAAAGUACCCUUUCUGCUGAAAUAAGUAAUAUAUCUCAGGAAAAAGAUCGAUUAAUAACGGAAUUAAAAACUGUAAAGGAAGAGAAACAACAAUCACACGAAGAAGGGUUAUCAUUAAAAGGUGAAUUAGAAGAAAUAAAAUGUGAACGGGAUAAAUUAGCUAGUGUUGUUAAGAUUAUGAAGGGUGAAUGGGAAAAGCAAUAUCAAAAUCUUAAAUCGGAAAAAGAGCAUGUUGAAUCAGAGAAUGAACGAAUUAAAUCAGAGAAAGAACAAAUUGAAAUUGAACUUGAUCAAUUAAAGAAAA